CUGCCUGCUCCGGGCUUCCUCUCCGGCUCGGUUUGGCCCCCCCCACCCCGGCUUGGCCCCCCCCCUCCCCCCCUCCCCUCCCCCCCCGCGGGUUUCUUCGCUGCGAAGAAAAUGGCGGCGGCGCCGAGCGGCGACGAGGAGCGGCUGGAAGAGAAGGUGGAGGACCAGCACACGCAGGGGAAGCCGGGCAAGGCCAAGAAGACCAAGAAGGAGCGUCAGCAGCAUGAGACUGUGGCUGCAGCUGGGGGACAGCCCUCAGCUGAGCCAGCCGAGGCAGGCAAGGCAGAGACCUCGGAAGGCGAGGGGGGUGCUGGGGCAGCUCCAGCAGCACCCGAGCCCUCAGCUUCACCCAAGCAGCGCCGCUCCAUCAUCCGGGACCGCGGGCCCAUGUACGAUGACCCCACGCUGCCUGAGGGCUGGACCCGCAAGCUGAAGCAGCGCAAGUCAGGCCGCUCAGCUGGCAAGUACGACGUCUACCUGAUCAAUCCUCAAGGCAAAGCCUUCCGCUCCAAGGUGGAGCUCAUCGCCUACUUCGAAAAGGUAGGAGACACCUCUCUGGACCCUAACGACUUUGACUUCACGGUGACAGGCCGCGGCAGCCCCUCACGCCGGGAGCACAAGCCCCCCAAGAAGCCCAAAGCCCCCAAGGGCCCUGGCACAGGGCGGGGCCGUGGGCGCCCUAAGGGCAGCGGAGCAGCUGCCAAGGCCAGGGCGGGCCCAGUUGAGGGUGUCCAGGUGAAACGUGUGGUGGAGAAGAGCCCGGGAAAGCUUCUGGUCAAGAUGCCCUUCCAGCCAGGUCCAGCAGGUGCCAAAGAAGGUGGGGGUGUGGCCACUGCCUCGGCCCCUGUGCUGGCCCUCCGACGGCCUGGGCGCAAACGCAAGGCAGAGCCAGACCUCCAAGCCACCCCCAAGAAGCGGGGCCGCAAGCCAGGUGGCGGGGCGGGUGUGGGCACCCCAGUGGCAGCUGCUGAAGUCCGCAAGAAGGCAGCCAAGGAGGCAGUGGUGUCAGCAACUGCACCAGCUGCAGCCCACGAGACCCUGCUGCCCAUCAAGAAGCGCAAGACCCGGGAGGCUGUGGCCCUAGAGCCAAGACCUCUGCCGCCUGCCCCUGAGCGUGGUGGCCCCAAGGGACCCAAGGCCGGGCGCCGCAGCAAGGAGGGCAGCCCCAAGGGGCGGGGGGGAGCCGGGGGCAGUUUACCUGCCAAGAAGGAGCCGCCCCUGCCACCGCUGCUGCAGCCGCCACACCCGGAGCCCCCUGCCAGCCCCCCGGACAGCGUGUGCCCAGCACCUGCGGCCACGCCCGCACCCACACCCACGCCCCAGGACCUGAGCAACCAGGGCUGCGCUGAGGAGGCGGCUGGGGCCCGGGCCUGCCCUGCUGACCCCCCCAAGACUCAGCCGCCUGCCCUAGCCGUCAAGCACCGGGCAGAGGGUGAACGCAAAGACACUGUGUCCUCUUCUUCUUCUUCGUCCUCCUCUUCCUCUUCCACCUCCACGUCGUUGGCCCCCCCGCCCCCCGCUGGCCCUCGGCCCGGUGCCAGGGACGACGCCGUGGACACCAGGACGCCUGUCUCCGAGCGGGUCAGCUGACUCUGAGUGCCAGAGUGUGACGGGGGUGUAACGGGAGGGGGGGUGCAGCAGCACGGACGGACGGACAGAUGGAUGGCACCCCCUGCCCCUCCCCCCACACCCUCCUCGGGACUCGAGGCAGCUCCGCAGGGCUGGGCCAGGCUGAGCACCCCCCCUCGCCAGCCCAUGUGCUCUCCCCCAGCCUACCCUGCCCCCCUCCCCCCACCCUGGUAUUUCCUAGCGAAAAGCACAGCGCCCAUGGGGGCCGGGAGCCACUUUGCACUUUCCUCCAACUACUGCCCCUCUCCCCACAACGACUGGUGGGCCAGGGGGAGGGGAACGUGUGUACGCUGCACGCCUCUCCGCCCCCAGCAGGCUCCCAGCAGGUAGGAACCGGGGAACCUCCCCUCCAAACUUCGUCCUUGCUGCGGCCCCAGUGCAUUGUGGGGAGGGGGGGCACUUCUUCCAGUUCUCGGCAGGCAUGGAGUGGGGGGGAUUAUUUGCACUAACUAGCCAGGUGUGGGGAGGGGCAGGACUUCCUGUCAGGGGUUGUGGGACUGCACCUGCCUAGUGGUCAAGGGUUCAGGGUUUUUGGGGGCCCCCCAUGGUUAGGGGGAGUGGUGUGUGGGGGUCAUGAUUCUUUUAACCCUGAAUCCCUUCCCCCUCCGUGGGAGCUGCAGAAGGGGGUGCUGUCCCCAUCCCUCUGCCUUUUGUUGGAGGGCUUCCUGGGAGUAACCAGGGAUUCCUGGGCUAGGCACAGGGUGAGAGCGGUUGCCAAGGCUGAGGGUCAUAGGUAGAUCACAGCCUGGGGUUCCCCAGAGGUCAGGAUGUGGUUGAAACUGGGCUCGGGGUCAGGUUAUAGACAAGCUCUGUCAUGGAGUUCACUGGACAUAGGCGUGUACGUGGGGUCAGAUCACAGACUGCCAUGCGGUUCCCUGGAUAUUGGGGUGCACAUAGGGUCACACACAGGCAGAUGGGGCCGUGGGGUUCCCUGAGUAUCUGGAUGCAGGUGGGAGUCACAAGGGGUCAGAUCAUGGACAGGCUGUGAUGUGGGGUUUCUUGGAUAUUGAGGGUCACAUGGGGUCAGAUCACAGACAGGUGCAGCUGUGGGGUUUUCUGAAUACCAGGGUGCAGGUGAGGUCACACGGGGUCAGGGCAUGGACAAGCCAUGAUGUGGGGUUCUCUGGAUGUCAGGGCACACAUGGGGUCACAUAGAGUUAGAUUAUGGGCAGGCCUCUCUUUGUUAGGGUGCAGGUGGUCACAAUGGGUCAGAUCAUAGGCUGUAAUGUGGGGCUCCCUGGAUAUUGGGGUGCAGGUGGGGUUGUGGGGUCAGAUCAUGGCCAAGCUGUUCCAGGGGAGGAUAUUGGAAUGCAGGUGGGGUCACAUGGGAUCAGAUCAUGGAUAGGCUGCAAUCUAGAGUUCCCUGCAUGUUAGGGAUCAUACAGUCAGAUCCCAGGCCUCACUGUGGAGUCCUCUGGCUAUUGGGGGCCAUCAUGGCAGGGCUAUGAGGGUAACUCCAUUUCCAGCUACCCCAUCAUGGAGCUGUGGCUGGGCACAGGGGGCUACUGUCUUACACUGUGUACUGGGAGACUGACAGCCCAGGGAAGGGAGGAGAUAGUCCAUCUCUAGGGCGGCCACACCCCAACUGCUCCAUCCUGUGAGGCAAAGCUUUGCACUUUAGGGGGCAUCUAUCAAAGGGGACAUGUCCCCCCCCACUCCUCUCAGGGCAGAGCUAGUUAGAAAACUAAGGAAUGCUGAGGACUUAACUCCUUCCUGCCUAGCACCUUUCCCACCCAGGGUGAUGGAGUGGAGACACUUGGCACCCAUUACCUUCAUGGUGGGGUGGAGGGGAGUUACCUGACAUCCAUUACCUUCAUGACAGGGGGGAUUACUUAGCAGCCAUUACCUUUGUGGUGGGGCAGAGGAGAAUUGCCCAGCACCCCUUACCUUCAUGGCAGAUUGGGGAGGGGGAGUUACCUGGCACCCAUUACCUUCAUGGCAGGGCAGAGGGGAGUUAUCCGGCAUCUGUUACCUUCAUGACUAGGGGGUUACUUGGCACCUGUUACCUUCAUAGCAGGGUGGAGGGGAGUUACUCAGCACCCAUUACCUUCAUGCCGGGUGUGGGGACGGGGCAUUAUUUGGCAUCUGUUACCUACAUGGCAGGGCAGCCCUGCCUACCGCUCCAUCGCAGUCAACAAUAGCAGCCUGGGGGAAGGGGGGGGAGUACCAUUCUUCCACACACUGGCCCCAGGUGGCCACUUCUGGGGGGUACUGGGUGGGGGGAAUGGGGAAGGCCCCCAGUCCCACUGAUGCAAUCAAACCCCUCCCCACAACCACCACAUUCCCAGCUUCCAAGCCUCGGUAUUCAUUGUUCGACCAAAUAUCACCAGGACUGUUAUCAUCAUGCACACAGAGCUCCCUCCCUCCAUCGCAACCACGUGCUCCUGUGGGCUCCUCCCCACAUUUCGGAGCUGGCCCCUGUGAUGGGAGCUGUAUACAGCAGGCUUAGCUCCCUCUCUUCUGGUCUACAAGCUCCCUCUCCUCUGGUCUACAUAUAUAUUCUGCACUGGUCCCAUGUGCAGCUGUCCGGCCCCUCCCACUGCCACGCACACAUAGAGGGGGACUCCUAGGCCAUGGCUGGGGAGCCAUGGCUGUCAUCAUGGAGAGCUGGGCUUUUGGGGGGCCUGGAUGGGGUGGAACCAUGCCUGGGUGUAGAGGAGGGGCAUCUGCCCUGCUGUGACCCCUAGGGACUGAAUUCCAACUUGGGAAGAGACCCCCCACUCUCAGCUAAGGCCUCAGGGGAUCCGGAUUCCACCCCCCAGGGGGAAUGGGGAGAUUGCAAGCAGCUGGGGAUCCCCCAUCCAUGCUCAUCCACUCCAGUCCCAUGUUGGAGUCUGUUGCUGGAAGGGGUCAUUCCCUGGGAGGUUGAAGCAGUUUAUUAAAGGAUGGAAUUUGUAUCAUUUCAGUAAAAAAAAAAGCGACAAAACCCCCCCAAAAAAGAUACCAGCGGGGGGGGGGGGGGGAGCAAGGCCUGAGACACCCCCCUUCCCCCGAAUGUACCUGUCUGUGUCUGCUCCCCCCCACCCCACCUAUUUAUUCUGGGAGAGACAGAGAGACACUGGAGACAUUUGCCUUAGCCAUGUGUGACUGGAAACAGACCCCCUCCCAGCUCAGCACAUGCGUGUACAUGGCUGUGCAUCCCCCUCCAACAAGUGGGGGGGAACGUGUCACCCACAUUUCCCCUUAUCUUGGGGCCUAGGCGUCACCUUUUUCUUUCUUCCCUCCCCAUUUUGGUUCCUUGCCACCUUGAGUUUCUAUCCCUCCCCUACCCACCAGAAAUUUUGGACCCUGCCCAAUUUUUGGACCUCCUUCAUUUCUGACCCCCCCCCCCCCAUGUAAAAUUCGGUCCAGACUCCAAGCGCAAGUAACUCUCUGCAUAGGUUAUUUCAGUGCUAUAAUUGCAUCUCUUGUUGGUAAGUACUGUAUUCUGUGCUAGACUCGAGCUAUAAAUCUAUGUACAAUUAACCCA